GUUUCAGUCAUACUGAUUUUUCUUGCCAGGCUAGUAUUUACAGAUUAUUAAAUGACUAAAACAUAUCCUCUCCUAAUAAUGAUAUUUUGAACACUUUGAAAUAUCUUUAUGUUUUAUUUAUCAUGAUAAAACAUCCUAAAUGAUGUUGUAACACACAUCAUUACCUAAGUUACUUCUGAAGAGAAAGUUAUAAUGACCCGUAAUACACUUGCCCAGAGGUAGUCACUCAAUAUUUUCAUGUAUAUGUAUCCAGUUUUUAUCUGUGAGCAUUUGUGUGUGGUUUUAUUUUGGCAGAACAGGACUGAUCAGGUAAAGGAGACAAAGACUCCAACUCUUAGUUUGAAAAAGGAAUAUAACUCGAUCAUGGGUGUCCUAUACCUCUGUGCAUGAAUGGAUGAGAAGGAAGUGCCAGGGAUCACCUUGUUUGAAAAAGAUUUGAAGUAUUUAUACCUUUUAGAUAUAAGAAACAUAACUUACAACUUAAAUACCAUUGCACCAAACUAUUCAGGAAGACACCCUUUGUGAAUUAAUAAUUUUGAGAUUGAGGUUGUGUUCCGAGAAAAUAGCAGUAAUCUUUGAUUUCCAAUUGUCUUGUAAUUACAAAUGUUAUUUCCAGAGAUAGAGUUACAGAAAAUAAAGAUUGUAACAUUUAUAAAUAUUUACAUAAAUCUUCAUACCGUGCAGAAUAAGAUUUAAUCUUUUAAAAUUCUCCAUUUAGCGCUUUUUCAGAUCCUGAUCUUUGAAGUGCUUUAUCAUGCUGAAUGGAGUUUUAAUUGCAUCUAUAGCUGCUGGGGACUGAAGAAGGGGACAAUUCCUCCUUACCUGUGUGAUAAUUUCUCUCUCUCUCUCUCUUUUUCUCACUCUCUCUCUCGUUUUUAAGAACUAUAUUUUCUCAAAGGUACAUCAUGAAAUUUUUUAAUUUAGAAAUAUAAAAAAAAGAGAAAGCCCAAGAAACAGAAACUUUUAGGGAAACAGGAAGCAGCAGUUUAACUUCCUUUUGUAAUAAUGGACUAAGCGACAUGUAUUUUUCAUCUUCAAUAAAUGUAGAUAAUUUCCAUUAAGCCAUCAUUAAAUAUUUUUUAGUGUUUAUAUGAUUUAUCUUGCUUAAUCUUCCAGCAGUCAAAGCAGUCAUAUGAAGUAGGUAAUAUUCUUAUCCCUACCUUGGGGAAACAGACCUGAGAUGUUAUUAACUCUCACAGUUCCAAGUUCACUUCCACGUCCUGAGUGUCUCACGUCCUGAGCCUUUGUUAUUACUUUCAACAGGAUACCAUUUCCUAAAUUAUGCAUGACUUUUUAAACCUGCCUUAUUCACUUCAAUUAAUAUGUAAAAAUGUCAUCUUUAUUAGUAAUGGCUUAGUAUGUCACCAUGUAGGAAACCAUAAUUUAUUUAACCUCUUGCCUACUGUGAUAUGUUUACAUUUUUAAGUUUUGUUUUCAAAACUUACUCUCCAGUGAACAUCCUUGUACAAAAACCUCAUGUAUUUCUAGUUAUUUCCUGAAAAAAAAUUCCUUGAACUGUAAUUUUAUGAUCAAAAAUAAUGUGUGUAGAUUUCAGACCUGUAAAUUGUAGUAUUUGGACUAACUCAAUCACUAAAAAACACAGUUUCUUCCUUUAAAAUGCUUGCAUGAAGAGAGACAAUGUCUGACUAGGAAUAAGAGUGAAUAUGAUAAAGGCCACUGGAGUUAGGUGGCUUUGCCUUGUGAGUUUUCCCAGGAAGGACACAUCACUCUGACUAUAGGACAUUCAGAUUAAGAACAAAUUAUACUGAGCCCAUGGUAUUUCUAUGGCAAAACUAUGAUGGAUUUUAUACCUUGUACUUUCAUUCUAAUUAUUGCAAAGCAAAACUAAUAGGAAAAGUUAAUUCAGCAGCUGACACCAUGGCUAAACUGCCUGGUUUAGAAACACAAUAAAACCUUCUGUCCAGAAGACUUGUAAUAAAGCUGCCUCAAGACCAUCAUUGAUUCAUAUAAAGAAUACUCUGGGACUAUUCCCCCAUUUGUUCUAGACAGUACUCCAAAACGCCUGAGGAGAAAUCAUAUGAGUUAAUUCAGGUAAUGGUAACAAAAGGUAAAAAUAAGCAAUUUGGAAAAAUGAUGUGAAUUUACAGAACAAAUCAUUUGCUGAACUCCCUGCCUUUUUGGAGAACAUCCUCCUCUUAAAUUUAAAUACACACAUGCACGUGUAUAUUUCAACUUAAUAUAUUACCUCCUUGAUACAAUUAUGAAGAAAACUUCAAUAAACAAAAAAUCAAGAUCCAAACAAAUAUGUGGUCAUAUAAUUUCCGAUACUUUUUAUAUCUACUGGUUUCUGAUGUUCUGUUUACCACUCUUUCUCUUUAAAUUGAUUUAUUCAUGUAUUUUACAAAACAAGUUGGUCACCCUGAUUUUUGUAUUGACAGUAUACCUGGAGUAUUUCCCAUGCCCUGAAAUAUUUUUCCUAACUUAGCAUUUAAUGGUUAUGUUGUAUUCUGAUGCAGUAAUAAUGUCUUAUAUUUAACUAGUGAGCUUUGCUAGAUUCAGGAUGCUGAACACUUUGUUUCCAUCUCCAUUGUCUUAAUCAACUUCACCUAAUUCCAAAAGUAUAAAAGAGGUUCUGGUUGGGAUGAUGUAGCCUCUUUUCAGUCUUGAAAGUUGAGAAUGGAGGAGGACCUGCUUAGCACGACUCAGCUGCCCAAUCUCAGGUUCAUUUUGGACUUAACAUAUGGCACAUUGGCCUGAAAACUUCCUGCUGAUGUAUCUGGAUCUGACUUCGAUGUAAAAUAUCUCUGCUCUGUGACUUUGUGCAGCUGAGAUCCUUGGGAUUGGGGGAGGAAAUUGAUUUAUCUAGCAUCUUAAUCUUCCCAACUUGGGUGUGAUCGGGGGUAGUUUGGAAACUGGAAUGGAAGAGCAUAACAUUCAUAACUUUUAAGCUCUAUGGAGAAGGCUAAAGCACAGCUGGUCUCAAGGGCUUUCUCUUCUCCCAGUUUUGGAUUUUCUGGAUUCCGUGCUUUUCCAGUAAAGGAACCCUGAGCCUUGAUCAGCCCUUGCAGGUCUAAAACCAUGGUCCAGGUAUCAAUGACAUUCAGGGACGUGGCCAUAGACUUCUCUCAGCAGGAAUGGGAAUGUCUCGAUGCUGCUCAGAAGUCCUUAUACCGGGAUGUGAUGAUGGAGAACUAUGGUAACUUGGUCUCACUAGGACAUUCCAUUAGUAAGCCAGAUGUGAUUACCUUACUGGAGGAAGGAAAAGAACCCUGGAUGGUUAGAAGGGAAGAAACAAGAAGAUGCUGUACAGAUUUGGAUUCAACGUAUGAAAUAAUCAGCUAUGGAAAAAUGCACAUUUAUAGAAAACUACCUUUUAGUGUAAAUCAGAGAAUUCAUAAUAGAGAGAAACCAUAUGAAUGUAAAGAAUGUCGGAAGGCCUUUAGUCGUCGUACGGACCUUGUAGUGCAUCAGAGAAUUCAUACUGGUGAGAAACCCUAUGAAUGCACUGAAUGUGGGAAGUCCUUUCAUCGUGCAUCUAACGUACUGCAACAUCAGAGAAUUCAUACUGGUGAAAAACCAUAUAAAUGUGAAAAGUGUGGAAAGGCCUUUAUUUGUGCCUCAUACCUUGUUCAACAUGAAAGAGUUCAUACUGGUGAGAAACCCUAUGUAUGUCAUGAAUGUGGAAAGGCCUUUAGUCAAGGUGGAGGACUUAGAAAACAUCAGAGAAUUCAUACUGGUGAGAAACCCUAUGAGUGUAAGACAUGUGGGAAGGCCUUCAGUCAAGCCUUUCAACUUAUGCGACAUGACAGAAUUCAUACUCGUGAAAAACACUGUGAAUUCAAAGAAUGUGGGAUGACCCUUAGUCAUGGUAAAGAUCUUAUAGUACAUCAUAGUAUUCAUACUGGUGAGAAACCAUAUAAAUGUAAAAUAUCUGGGAAGGCCUUUAGUUUUACCUCAAGUCUUGUUCAACAUAAAAGAAUUCAUACUGGGGAGAAACUCUGUGAAUGUAAGGAAUGUGGAAUGACGUUUAGUCAUGGCUAUCAACUCAUUCCACAUCAGAGAAUACACAUUGGUGUGAAACCCUAUAAAUGUAAUGCAUGUGGAAAGGCAUUUAGUCGUUCCUCAACACUUGUUGAACAUGAGAGAAUUCAUACUGGUGAGAAACCAUAUAAAUGUAACGAAUGUGGAAAAGCCUUUAGUAGAGCCUCAAACCUUGUCACACAUGAGAGAAUUCAUACGGGAGAGAAACCCUAUGUAUGUAAGGAAUGUUGGAAGACCUUUAGUCAUAUUGGUAACCUUAGAAAGCAUCAUAGAAUUCAUACUGGUGAGAAACCCUAUGAAUGUAAAGAGUGUGGAAAGGCUUUCCGUAGUGGCGGUCAACUUACUAUACAUCAUAGACUUCAUACUGGUGAGAGACCCUAUAAAUGUAAGGAAUGUACUAAGGCCUUUAGUGUGUAUGUAGGACUUAUUCGCCAUCAGAGUAUCCAUAGUGGUGAGAAACCCUUUGAAUGUAACAAAUGUGGAAAGUCCUUUAGGCUUAGUUCAAUUCUUAAAGAACAUCAGAGAAUUCAUACUGGAGAGAAACCUCAUGAACACAAGGACUGUGGAAAGGCAGAUAGACAGUGUACAGCAAAUCAAUACAUUUAUACCUCCAAGAAACAAUUUGAAUGAAAAGAAUGUGAAAUGGCUUUUAGAUAUAGUUCAGUUAUUAUAAAUCAUUAAAUAAUUUACCUUGUGUAAACCACUCAGAAUAUAAAUAAUGUUUGAAGUUUUUUAGUUGUGACCCAAAUGUUCAGAAAACGUUUUUAUAUACCUCAGAGAAAUUUAAUGUAUUUUAUAUAACAUAAGGAAGCCGCCUCUGGCAUUUCUCUAUUCAGAGAAUAUCAAAUAUUCAUAUUAGAGGAAAAUUCAAAGAAUGUGGAAGUCCCUUUCUUCUUUAUGCUUUAUGUAUAAAAGCCUGCCAUCAUUAAUGAGCUAUUGUUAAACUUGAGAAAACCCAUACCACAAAGAGCCCCUGUUAAUCUAAAAAAUUUGAGAAAACAAUUAUCUAUGGUACAUACCUUAUCACUCAUAAUUGCCAUUCCACUCUUUUCAACUUAAGUGACAUUGGAACACCGUGUGUCUCAUUUGGGACAUAUAUGACAUUUAUUUCCUCUGGGAAUAAUUUGUAUAUGGUGAUAACAGCACAUACACUAUUGUGCUGUUGUCAGAACACAGAAAACUUAGAAACUAUCUCACACAUAGUCUAUGUUCAAUAACUUAUUAAUCACUAUUUUAAAUAAUACUGUAAUUUGUGUUACUAUCAUCAAACUGUUAGGAGGUAAAGUCCCUAUGGGUGUCAUGAAUUUAGAUAAGCUUCAUGUAACUACUUGUUCUUUUUCAACUUUAAAUAAUUCUUUCUACAUGAAAAUCUAGUAGAAUGUAAAGAACAUGAGAGGAUUUAAAACACAGAAUUUUAUUGCAGCAGUGCCACACUCAUUUACAUAUUAUCUAUUAUCUAUGGCUUCUAUAGCAGAGUUGAGUGGUUAUGCAAAAGACCAUAUGUCCCCAAAGCCUAAAAUCUUUACUACCUGGUCCUUUACCAAAAACUUUGCCAACACCUGGUUUAGAACAACAUCCUUACCAUUGUUUUCAUGACUUUGGCUUUUUGAAGAGUUCAGGAAAAUUUUCUUAUCAAAUGUUCCACAUUUUGGAUUUUUUAAAAUCAUUUCCUUAUGAGUCUUUUGUCUUGUUCUUAAAUCCUUCAUAGUUUGAGUACAUUUGAAGUGAAACCAAGAAGUUUCAUUGGGUUCUGCUUAAACAUUUUUGCAAAAAUACUUCAUAUGUGCUGUUGUAUAUAUUAAAAAGCAUUCAUUGGGUUUUUGCACUAUUAAUAAUGUGAAUUGUUAUUAUGUUCUGUUAAUGUUGAAAUCCAUUUUACACUUAUUAAUCAGGGUGAUAUAUUUUUCAGUCUCCUUUUGGAAAUUUAUAAUUUCAUGUUCAAGUCCUGAAUUACAUAGAGAAUUAAAUUUGAAACUAAGGCCUAUUCAGAAAGGGAUGAUAAUGAAGUGCCCAUAUAUCAGAACUUAUGGGAUGUUGCCAACUUUUACUCUUUGGAAAGUUAAUACGCUUCAAUGCAUGUAGAGCACCAAGAAUGAAGGCUGGAACUUUCUGUUUAUCACUUCUUCUCCAGAACCUCUUCAAUGUCUAACAUUUGAUGGGCAUUGACAAAACUGAUAAAAUAAUGAAGAAGCAUUCAACCACACAAAACUAGAAAAAGAACAAAAUAAACCCUGAGCCAACAUAAGGAAGCAAUUAAAGCAACUAAAUAGUAACUGAAAUAGUACUCUUCAUAAGGUUUAUUGGUGUCAUUGUUGUCUGUGAAAAGCAAUGAAUAAAUCUAGAAGCUAGAUAAGUGAUUUAAAUGAAACAGUAAUCUUGAACCAAGGAUUUAAAAAUUUGUCAUUAGAAAUAUAGUAAUAUCAACCAGUCAUUGAUAAAUCUGCUCCAGGAAAAAAAAUAAUGAUUAAUUAUAGCAUCAUUAAAAAAAAUGGGGACAUAUCUGUAAAUAUGGAGGAAACACUUUAAAAUGUAAGAUAAUGUUUAUUAAGUAUAUUCCUGUUCAUUUAGAAAUCUAGAGACAAUUAUUUUCCUAGAAUAAGUAAUUUCUCAAAAUUGACUUAAGAUGUUAUUAGAAAUUAAAAUUUUUUAAAUUGAAAAAAACAGGAAAACUUUCCUUUUUAACAAUAGUACUUAAACUAGGUUCCAUCUCAGAUACAACUUUUAAAGAAGGAAAAUUAUUUCUAACAAAAUUUUUCCAGCUCAUGGCUAACAUGGAUUUCUUAUUACAAUAACAAAUCUCUAUUUGGAUAGCUCCUAAAAAUCAAAAGCUAUAUGGGUUUCCCUUUUAAAAUUAGACAGAGAAAAUCUACUUAACUUUAUCAGCCAAUAGAAACUAAGAAUGUACCAAAAGAACGAUGAACUAAAAAAGUUUUUGUCUAGAAUAUCUAAGACAUAGCUAUUCCGGUUUAAUUAUAAAUUGGGAUCAAUGACAAAACAAUAAUCUAGUACUGUCUACAUUAGAGGUUAGCAAACUAUGGCCUGUGGGCAAACCACCUGUUGUAAAUAAAGUUUUAUUGGAACACAUGCUCAGUCACUUCAUAUUGCAUGGCUACUUUUUUGCAACAACAGCAGAGUUCAGUAGUUUGGCCUGCAAGCCUAAACUAUCGGGCCCUUUCAAAAAAAAAUUCCUGACUGUGGUCUAGAUUCAUUAGCUUUUCUAAACUAUUUGAUUUUAAGAAUGGGUUUAAUUAUAGAUAUCUUAUUUCUUCAAUAUGAAAGGCACUUUUUUCAUAUUGUACAUUUUAAAUCACUUCUAGCCAGAUAACCACCAUGAAUUAGAAAUGUGAAAUAUCUUCCACUGAUAUUUUCUGGCAAUAUCAAGGAAGUAUCAGCAUCAAAGCAUAUUAGUUUUGAUGAAAUACUAGGUAUAUGUGUUCUGGCACAGUUAGAAUUCAGGUAAAAGAAUUAAUACCACUUGAAUUAAAAUGACUGAUGAAAAUCUCUAAGUAUAUAUUGUCAAUCAACCAUCUGUUAUGUCAGUAUAAUUGUUCCUUAUAAUCCACAACUCCAUAUCCAUUUCUUGCAGUUAGGGAAUACGGUAUCCUAUUCUGUCUUUUACCGUCUAAUAGUUGACACCAAUAUACCAUGCAGAUUCAUUUGACAAUUAAAUGUAACACAAAACAGAAUAAUUUUGAGUUCUAUAAUAAAAUAACUCAUUGCAAUAAGUCACUAUGUUAUUCCUCAAGGAUACUAGGUGUGCAUUUUAAAUGUAAAAGACAUAUGUUUACCUAAUGUUUGUUUUUUUUUUAAUUAUUACUCCAUGAACACCAUUAGUACUUAAUGGCACUUUAAAAAAGGCUUCAGUGUUUAAACAAGUUUAUUUAUUUAUUUUUUAAUUCAAUUUAUUGAGAUAUAUUCACAUACCAUGCAGUCAUACAAAGCAUAAUUCAGUUGUUCACAGUGCCAUUAUAUAG